AUGUCAUCUCCAACUCAAUUUCUAGCACCGGAGCUUGCUGAUAUUCUCAUCGUCGGUGGGGGACCCGCUGGCAUCACAUCAGCCCUCAGUGUGGCCCGCAAUGUACACACAGCAGUGGACGGCAAGAAUCCCAUUGCAUUCCGUGAUGCAGCCAGACAGAACACGCUCGACAACUACGAGUCCGUUUUCUUCCAGGAUGUGGAAAUUAAGCAGGCCAAGAAGAACAAUGACGGGGUUUUCGAGCUCACCGAUGAGAAUGGGAAGGUUUGGAAGGGCAAGGCCUUGGUCCUGGCAACGGGUAUCAUCGACAUCCCAGUGGACAUUCCCGGUUUUGAUGAAUGCUGGGGACGAAGCAUUUUCCAUUGUCUGUUCUGCCAUGGCUAUGAACAGAGAGGAAGCGCAUCCUCCGGUGUCCUAGCCAUCGGUGAUGUCGCACCUGUUCCCCUCGCACUUCACGUCUCUCGCAAUGCAGCUCAACUUACCAAGUCGGUUACCAUCUACACGAAUGGCGAUGCCUCUCGCGCAGCCGAGAUUCAAGCUGGCAUUGGGUCUGUUGCCCCCUUUACUGUCGAUAGUCGCCGCAUUACUAAAUUUGUUCUCGGCCCCAACCAAAUUGGCCUGACUAUGUGUUUUGAGGACGGCAGCAGCAAGGAGGAAGCUUUUCUUAGCCACAAACCCAAAAGCAAAAUCAAGAGCUCAUUUUUAGCCGAGCAGCUGGGCCUUGAACUAACACCCCAGGGAGAUCUCAAGGUGAACCCUCCUUUCGGUGAUACUAACUUGUCUGGCUGCUUUGCUGCUGGCGACAACUCUUCUUUCUUGAAAACGAGCCCCAACGCUGUCAAUUCUGGUGCUAAUAGUGCUGCGGGGACGGCCAGCCAUGUUCAGAGCAGGUUGUAUGGGCAGGAGAGUUUGGGCGAGUUCAUGCAGAAGAUGCAGAAGUAG